GCACGCCGUUGCGCGCCUUCCUCUGCCCGUGCAGCGGCGGCAGCGCUCCGCUUCCUUCUCGGUCGCCGGCGGGCGGGCCGGGGCAGGCUGCGCGGCAGUUGAGCGGAACGGAGGCGCUGCGCGACGUGGCUGUCGCCGCCCAUCAGCAGGUGACUUUCCUGUUUUUAAUGCAGUAGUGUCAUUACCUGGCUGAAAACUAAACAUGAGAAUAGCAGGUGCUGCAAAGUUGAUAGUAGUCAUAGCGAUAUUUUUAUUGACAUUUUAUGUCAUAUCUCAAGUGUUUGAAAUAAAAAUGGAAGCAAACUUAGGACACAUAUUUGCUAGAUCAGCAUUGGAUGCAGCUGCACGCUCUACGAAACCUCCGAGAUACAAAUGUGGGAUCUCUAAAGCUUGUCCUGAAAAGCAUUUUGCAUUCAAAAUGGCAAGUGGAGCAGCAAAUGUAGUUGGACCUAAAAUUUGCGUAGAAGAUAAUGUAUUAAUGAGUGGAGUUAAAAAUAAUGUCGGCAGAGGAAUAAAUGUGGCCUUGGUCAAUGGUAAAACAGGAGAACCAGUAGACACUAAAUUCUUUGACAUGUGGGGAGGAGAUGUGGCACCAUUUAUUGAAUUUCUCAAAUCCAUACAGGAUGGAACCAUCGUGCUAAUGGGGACAUAUGAUGAUGGUGCAACCAAGCUUAAUGAGGAAGCACGGAAACUGAUUGCUGAACUGGGAAGCACAUCUAUCACUAACCUUGGCUUUAGAGACAAUUGGGUCUUCUGUGGUGGAAAAGGAAUUAAAACUAAAAGUCCUUUUGAGCAGCAUAUAAAGAACAACAAGGACACAAACAAAUAUGAAGGCUGGCCAGAAGUUGUUGAGAUGGAAGGUUGUAUCCCUCAGAAGCAAGACUAAACCUACAGAAAAGGAAAGGAAGAAAAUGCACUUUCUGCUGUUAUUAGGGAGAGGGCUAUGAAGGAGACUGUAUUGUAAAUAAUAUUUUUAAAGCAUGCAGCCAUCCUGUCGGUGUGUGCAUGAGCACUGACAUCUUGAAUAUUGGGAUUAUUUAUUGCUAACACACAUAAAAUCCUUUUUGUAAAUAUGUUCAAAGUAAAAGGAACAUCAAAUAAUUUCUAAACAGAUUUCUUAAAAGCACAGUAUUUAGUUUGCCUAUGGUGAGUAUCUUGUAGACCAACUGGCUAAUAAAUUGCAUAUGCCAAUAAUAAACAGAUCCAGACAAGUGUUGUACUGUGUUCUAACAUUGCUGUGAGAAUGUAACCUUUGUGGAAAAUAUAGAUUUUAGAGAUAAGUUAAUAAAGAGCUUUAAUUUUUUUUUAUCCUCUGCCUUUUUAAUGGCAGCAUCACUUUUUAUUGAAGGUAAUUGGUUAUUCUAAUACCAAGUGCUAAAAAAAAAAAAUUUUGUAGUCUCCCACCAAAAC